AUGGCAUCAACCACUGCAGUUACAAUGGCUAUGCCAUUGCCCAAUGCAAGCCAAAAGAGGAUCCAAUCCUCCUCAGAGACCUUCUUCAAGCCACUGCCAGUGAGGGUCUCAAGGGCUUUAACACCAGCAGCAGCAUCAAGAUCAAGUGGGAGACUUGAAGUCAGGGCUUCCCUCAAGGAGAAGGCGGUUACCGGCCUGACCGCAGCCGCGCUCACGGCCUCAAUGGUGAUCCCGGAGGUGGCCGAAGCCGCUUCCGGAGUCUCUCCCUCUCUCAAGAACUUCUUGCUCAGCAUUGCUGCCGGCGGUGUUGUACUGGUCGUGAUCGUCGGUGCCGUAGUUGGCGUGUCCAAUUUCGAUCCUGUCAAGAGAGGCUGA